AACGUCACACUUGUCACGUGUCUUUACGUCACGGAAAAAAAAUGGCUGAUUUGGGUCGGUGUCGUCUGCUUACAAAAGAAAUUCUGAAGAACGAAUUGAUCAAUUCAAUCACGUACGUUUGCGUGGAUUGCGAUGGCGUCUUGUGGCGGGCGAACAAUGCCAUCCCUGGAUCCUCGGAAGCGUUAUCUUUGCUUCGAAAACUUUGCAAAAAAGUGCUCUUCGUGACGAACAACAGCUCGAAGUCUCGGCGAGGGUAUCUCGCCAAGAUGCAUCAGUUGAAGUUCGAAGCGAGCCUCGACGAAAUAAUUACGGCACCCUACUGCGUUGUGCUUCACCUGAAGCAGUUGAAUUUCACCGGAAAAAUUUAUCUCGUCGCCAGCACCGGUCUUCGCGACGAACUCAACGAAGGGGGAUUUACGACGCUGCCUGUCGGGCCGGACACAACUGGCCCAGACUGGCUGAAGUUUUGUCUGGAAGAAGUUAAGAUCGAGCCUGGUGUGAAGGCUGUUGUCUGUGGCUUCGAUGAGCACUUGAGCUUCAAUAAGUGCCUCAGGGCUGCGACCUACCUGAAAGACAAGGACUGCCUUUUCCUCGCCACCAACGCAGACGAAACGUACCCGUGCACCAACCUGGACAUCGUUGUACCUGGGUCCGGCUGCAUGCUAGCAGCGGUCCGCACAGCCGCUAUGCGUCAGCCCACGGUUCUCGGAAAACCAGAGCAGCACAUGGUCGAUUGCAUCAAGUACGUCUGCCCGGACCUGGUGGCAGCAAAGACACUCAUGAUUGGAGACAGGCUAAACACGGACAUCAUGAUGGGCCGUCGAGCUGGCAUGAAGACUCUUCUCGUGGGAUCCGGCAUCCAUCACCUGGACGACGUACGCAAGCUGGUGUCCGAAGGGAAGAACAAUGAUGCGCCAGAUUUCUUCGUGCCCAAACUCGGCGACAUUGUAGAGAUGCUGGCGUAGCCAUUCAUGCCACUGUGUUACACAUAAGUAGGUGAAAAUUCGACUGCUGAAUCCUGUCGGACAGUAAUUUGUAGACGUCACAUACAUUCAGCGUAAACCUGGUGGUAGCGUGAGUGUGCAUAGGGCCAGGAAUCGGUGAAGGUUUAUUUGAAAGGUAGUCCUCACCUAAAGAUUGUCAACCUUGUUUGCCUCCCCCCUAUAGUGGCAGCCAGUAAAAGUCUGUCUGUGACGUUUAAGGUUGUUUAUGUGUACAAAUGUUAUGGUAGAUAUUUAUCAGCUUUACCCGUGGCUUGCGGAUUUGUGUCAUCGUACAUUACCCUCGUUUUGUUGGUUCAUGCAAGUUUGUCAUGUGCAAAAAUAUAAGAUGUGAAGUUUUUUCUCUUUGUAGGAUUUAAAUGUUCUUUUAGAAGAUAGACACUAAAUGUUAAAAAUAAAUUAGCGGAGCUCAGUGGCGAUGAAGUAUGAGAGAUGAGCAACAGCUGUCGUUGCUAAUGGUAUAGACGUUAAAUAGCUGCGUUUGUAGUUUGAUUUUGAUCGCCCUCCGUGCUUGAAGAUACCCAAACUAUUAGUUCAACCAUCAAGGUGCUAGAAAUUUCUGCUUGUUGCAUUGCAGAGGUUUUACAGCGAAAGCUGUUAUAAAAUCACAGCAAGGGUGCCAUAGUUGUCCGCCGCUGCCAGUGUCUGUAACGUCAAGUAUGAAACGGGGUUCGAACCUGGUUCCUCUUCGCGCCAGCCCAGUAUUCUAUCGCUGAGACACACCGGGGCACGAAACUCCUGUGCACAAAAACAUUAUACAAACGUUAUUUUGGAAGGGAACAGCGUUAACACGGGCGAUAUGACGGGAUUGAAGAGUAAAAAGACAACCUGGCAUCACAAUCUAAAUUGUGUAACCAGAAGUCACACUAUAUGAAUUGCAUUAUGAGUGAGUCGUUGGAUGCUUUCAACCCAUUGGAAAGGGCUAUGCCAUAAUUGUUCGUGAUCAGCCACAGACUCAAUUAAUGGAGUUGUGGGUACCUUGCAAGUGUACUUGUACACCAAAACACCAUGAGGUUUUGCUAUGGGUUAUAGAAAUAGUGUUCUUCCAGCUUUCAUUGUGCUUUCCAUGCAGGCCUGGCAUAUUUUUUUUUCCAUAAUGAAUCAAAUGUAACUUUUGUUCGAGUUUAGUACGCUAGCAGGCUUAACAUUCAAAAGGUUUUCGUUACUGCGAAAUUCUUGUAGGACUCACAAGUAAAAAAUAUCUGGCAUCCAGCUUUGAAUCCACAAAUGGUACUAGAAGUCACCUGCGGCCCGUAUCUGCAUCCCUUGAAUGAGAAUUGAAGUUCCAAUGCAAAUGAAAGGUGAUCUAAUAUAGCAAGUGUGCACCAAGUGAUUAGAAGCAAUCAAGUGAACAAGGUGAAUAAAAUGCAAAUUAAAGUUAACUAAAGUAUAUUUAAGGGUGAACUAAAUGUGGCCACAUGUUAAAUAAAGUUAGUAAAUGUGUAUUACACGCAAAUUAACAAUGAAACAAAUGUUAAGGUGAUGCAAAGUGAAUUGAGUGUGAAUUGACAGCAUAUUAAAUCUGAGAGCACAGGCUUUUGGCUGUGCUGUUUUUUUAGUGUUAGCCAAAUUUACUGAAUUUUUUAAACUACGGUGCUUAAUGUUUCAAAAGUUUCUUUAUAUGAAUAUUAAAAAAUUUGGCUAA